CGACGACGACGGCGACAUGCUUCGAGCCAACGACCCGGUAAAGCAAGCAGUGGCGACCCUCGCCGUCGCCGUCUGCGAGGCCGCGAGAUUCAGCCCUGUCUCCGAGGUCGUCAAUGCAGGUUGGGACAAGGACAAGGUAUCCGUCACACCCGACGAGGUCAACUACAUCAAGGAGUGGGGUGACUUGUCCACCGCGCUGCUCAGCUGGAUGGACAAGCAAUACAAGGACGAUGCAACCAUUUUCAAAAAAUUCAAUGGUAUCGGGAUAACCAACGGGGAAAAAGCCUUGGCUGUGGUGCGGCUUGUGAAGGUAGUCAUCCGAAGCAACAUGGCGGACGCCCCGACAACCGACGAGCAGCUGCUCGCGUACGCUCAACUACCCAAACACGGGCGCUACAUGGCGGAGGUGUUCGCCGUGCGCAUCCCCGCCACCGCCGGAGGAGACCCGCCCAGCGGCACCAUUUCUUUGCACGGCGGCCACUGCAGCAGCGACUUCAUUUACAGCCCGGAUGAAGAACACACCUCGCAGCAAACCAGCUGCGACAGCCAGGGUAACAUGGUCCUCACUGGGCCAUCGGUGGCCACCUCGGCAUACGGUCCAAUUGUCUUCAACCUCGACCUCCAUGACGGCACUCGCGGGCAAGCCAACGAGGAGGAGGAUGAAGAGAACAUCGGGAGGAUAGUGUGCGACGCCGUUGGCGGUGACUUCUCCAACUACGAUAAGGCCAUAUCAGAGACUGUCCUCACACGCUACGGCCCUGCGGAGGUGAUCUACGCAGUUCUAAGCAACGGCGUCCAAGGCCGGGUCGAUGUGAAGCUUGCUGGCCUGCAGUCCCGAGACGAAGUGGUUCUCGUCGGCAGCAUUGUUGCUCGCAGCAAGCUGUUCGAUAUCGGCUGUGUGCUCUUCUACAACGAGGCCGCUGGAGUGCGCGUGCGACCUGGGGAGCUGGUCCCCUUGGCGAGGCAUGCGCUUGCCGUGCCGCUGCACAUGCCGCUCACGAUUGAGCUUGACAUUCAUCAUGCUGGAUCCGGAGAUGAAAUUGUUAAAGGCGAGCUUGAGUUCAAAACUGCCAUCGACGGCCUCCAUACGGGACGUCUUGUUGGUGUCAAUGAUGCUGAAUUCGAGGUGACAAUCUUUUGGUCGGAGUACCCUUGGUAGACACCCAUGUGAACGAGCGGACUACUAUCAACUACAAAUACUAUAUGGAACCCAGUACGAGUUGAAAAAUAAGUGUCUUUUCUUGACACAUACCAAUUUGUAUUUUCUAAUAUAUUUGUAAUGAAUAAAGGCCAACAAAACUUAUAUAUA